UUCUUCCCACAUGAGGAAACAUCGCAACGUAAACCGAUUCCGUGGAGCAUUAGAAACAAAAGUCGUACCCCACCUGCGGCGGAGAAAGAAGAUCGCAGAAAUCGAGCGGAGGGUUUCGAGGCUCCGUCUCCGUUCUCUCUCUCAGCCGGUCGCUGCGAAGUGGAGCUAGGGUUUGGUCCGACCCUCCAGGUUCAACUGGCUUGAAAUUACAAUGGCUAUGAUCGAUGAGCCACUCUAUCCAAUCGCUAUCUUGAUAGACGAGUUGAAAAAUGAAGACAUUCAGCUGCGCUUAAAUUCCAUUCGCAGGUUAUCUACCAUUGCACGGGCUCUUGGUGAAGAAAGAACUAGAAAAGAAUUGAUUCCUUUUCUUUGUGAAAAUAAUGAUGAUGAUGACGAAGUGCUCCUUGCCAUGGCUGAGGAGUUGGGCGUGUUCAUUCCAUACGUUGGUGGGAUACAACAUGCUCAUGUCUUGCUCCCUCCACUGGAAACUUUAUGUACUGUGGAAGAAACUUGUGUUAGGGACAAGGCUGUUGAAUCUCUUUGUCGGAUUGGAGCUCAGAUGAAGGAAAGUGAUUUGGUAGAGUGGUUCAUUCCCUUAGUAAAGAGAUUAGCAGCAGGUGAGUGGUUUACUGCUAGGGUCUCGUCUUGCGGACUGUUUCAUAUUGCUUAUCCAAGUGCAACAGAGCUGUUGAAGGCAGAGCUGAGGUCUAUGUAUGGGCACUUGUGUCAAGAUGAUAUGCCUAUGGUUAGGAGGUCUGCUGCAUCAAAUCUUGGGAAAUUUGCUGCUACAGUUGAACCAAACACUCUUAAGACAGAUGUCAUGUCUAUAUUUGAUGAUUUAACACUGGAUGAUCAAGAUUCAGUGCGCUUGUUGGCUGUUGAGGGUUGUGCUGCUCUUGGGAAUUUGCUGGAACCGCAGGAUUGUGCAUCUCAUAUUCUUCCAGUGAUUGUUAAUUUCUCACAGGAUAAAUCUUGGAGGGUCCGAUAUAUGGUUGCAAAUCAGUUAUAUGAGCUUUGUGAAGCUGUUGGGCCAGAACCUACAAGUUCGGAUUUGAUGCCUGCUUAUGUGCGACUUCUUCGUGAUAACGAGGCUGAAGUUCGGAUAGCAGCUGCUGGAAAAGUGACAAAAUUCUGCCGAAUUUUGAAUCCUCACCUUGCUGUUCAACACAUUGUUCCAUGUGUGAUGGAACUAUCAUCAGAUUCUUCCCAGCAUGUUCGCUCAGCUUUGGCUUCAGUUAUCAUGGGAAUGGCUCCGGUUUUGGGAAAGGAUGCAACAAUUGAACAACUUCUUCCAAUCUUUCUUUCUCUCUUAAAAGAUGAGUUUCCUGAUGUUCGACUUAAUAUUAUUAGCAAGCUUGAUCAAGUGAAUCAGGUAAUUGGAAUUGGUCUGCUUUCCCAGUCUCUGCUGCCAGCUAUUGUUGAACUUGCGGAAGAUAGACAUUGGCGUGUUCGACUUGCCAUAAUUGAGUACAUCCCUUUAUUGGCCAGUCAGUUGGGUGUUGGCUUUUUUGACGAGAAACUUGGUGCUCUUUGCAUGCAGUGGUUAGAAGAUAAGGUUUUCUCUAUUCGAGAGGCAGCUACUAAUAACUUGAAGCGUCUUGCUGAAGAAUUUGGUCCAGAAUGGGCAAUGCAGCAUAUAGUGCCACAGUUGCUGGAGAAGAUAAGUAAUCCACAUUACCUGCAUCGCAUGACCAUUCUACAAGCUAUCUCUCUAUUAUCUCCUGUCUUGGGUUCGGAUAUCACUUGCCAAAAGCUACUGCCUGUAAUCAUUUCUGCCUCAAAGGACAGGGUACCAAACAUCAAAUUCAAUGUGGCAAAGGUCCUGCAGUCACUCGUACCCAUAUUUGACCAUUCUGUGGUGGAGCAGACGGUUCGGCCAUGUCUUGUUGAGCUUGGCGAGGACCCAGAUGUGGACGUCAGAUAUUUUGCCAGCCAAGCACUUCAGACAUGCGACUCAGCAAUGAUGUCAAACUAGAUAAUUGUCCUUGUUGAGUCCAAUUUUUCCCAUGGUUGAUACUCAAAAGUUACCAUCUCUGCUUUUGUAAGGAGAUUGAGUUUACACUGAUGGGUCCCUAAUCAUCGCUGAGUUCUCAAUGAAUGUUGGUACCUUUUUUGACACUUAUGUGUGUGCUUCUUUUAGUUGUUGACAGGAUAAUUCACGAACACAAUGAUUAUUUCUAUGUAGAAAUCUGGUGCUACCAGGUUUCUGAUUGAUACCCCUUACAAAACAUUUACAUGUCUAUUGAUGAAACAUUUGGUGGUCAA